AUGUCAGACACUGAACCACUGAAUCCACAGGGUCAAACACCAUGGAAUUCGAUUUACAUCACCAGCGUUCUUACGUUUGUCAGUGCAGUUCAAUACAGUCUUUAUUUUGCUGCUUUGUGGCCGUAUAUGAAAAUUGUAAGUUGUAAAAUUUUAGAACGAAUUUUUGGGAUGGAUGUAGGACAGGCAGGGGGUCUUAGGCUUACCACGAAUAUCACGUUUUAGGGUUAGCAGCACAUAAUUUUGGUUUUAGCAACAGGCAAUUUUAGGCUUAUUACGCAAGGUUUAGGCUUAGUAGCAGCGAAUUUUAGGCUCAGUACGCAAUGUUUAGGCUUAGCAGCACUUUAUUUCAGGCUUAGAAGCAGAAAAUUAUAGGCUUAUUAUGCAAUUUUAACAGCAGAGAAUUAUAGGCUUAGCAGCAUAUAAUUUUAGGCUUAUUACGCAAAGUACAGGCUUAGCAGAAAAAAAUUUUAGGUUCAGCAGCACAUAAUAGGCUUAGCAGCAUAUAAUUUUGGUUAUUACGCAAAGUUUAGGCUUAGCAGCUUGUAGUUUUAGGCUUAACAGCACACAACUUUAGUUUUAAUACGCAAAGUUUAGGGUUAGCCGCACAUAAUUUUGGGCUUAUUACGAAAAGUUUAGGCUGAGUAGCACUUUAUUUCAUGCUUAGCAGCAGAAAAUUUCAGGCUUAUGACACAGUCUAUUUUUAUGACUGGCAAUUUCAGAUUGAUCCAGAAAUCAACGCCAACUAUUUUGGUCUUACGGUAUUUGCCUACAGUGUGGAGCAGAUUAUAGCUGCUCCAUUGUUUGGGAAGUGGAGUAAUGUAGUCAAAGAAGUGAAACAGCCUUUAUGUGCUGGACUAGGUUUAAUGUUUCUGGGUAACUUGCUUUAUAUUCUAAUGGAAGUUUUACCUGGCCCUAAGAGGUUUAUUUUGUUGAUUUGUAGGCUUAUAUUGGGGCUUGGUUCGGGUGAGUUGAAUACAGGUUGCGCCAAAAGUUCUGUUACAAAACUUUACCGGUCGUUUUCUCUAGUUGCGGUUAAAUUAUUUAAAAUUUUUAAAUUUCCAAAAUUUUGAAGUUUUAAAUAAAUUUUGAAAUCGAUUUUUAGUUACAAAAAAUCAUUUUAAAACGAAAAUAAGUUUUUUUUCUAAAAAAAUUAAAAUUUUUAGGCAACCUAGCCCUAUUAAGAACCUACGUAGCCACAGCCAGUACAUCUCAAGAUAAAUCUAAAGCUAUAGCUUAUGUCACGUGUGGCCAAGCGUUGGGAAUGUCGCUAGGCCCAGCUUUUCAGAUUAUUUUUACAGUUUUUGGCUAUCCAGGGAUAUCAUUUCUGGGUCUACAUAUCAACAUAUUUACUGCACCAGCCUACUUUGCUUGCUUAAUGAACAUUGCUGGAGCUGUUUGGUUGUCUGGGUACUUUGUUGAGGCUUAUGCUGAGGAAUUGAAUGAUGUAAGUUGA